CUUCCUUCGUUCCUUUCCAUUUAUCGAGAAUCCUCGUACCUGUUCGCGCAUGCAGGGAAGACUCGCUAAUCGUGAUGCGUGGGAAGAAUUUGCCCAGGGUGGCAUGCCAUACGUGAUCCCCAGGUGCGCUCGUGCUGCAUAUGGUACACACCCAUGUUCUCCUGCAACGACCAUGCUGUCCGACUUCAUAUCACGCUCAUCAUCUGAUAGAGACAGUGGGCUGGACGGUGGCUGUCGUAGUUGGAUCCGCGCGUCCUUGUACUUAUGCUCCGGCCUUCCGGUGUUUAGCAAGAUCGUUUGAUACGCAGGAUGGAAGUCGAGUUUAUCGCUGUGCCGCACAGUGGCGGACAUCAAUUUCGCAUGAAGUCCUCGAUGCUACAAGCUUCGCAGUUCUCAUGCACAAGACUCGAAUAGCGAUUAGUUGCAAUAGCAUGUCUCUGUGUGAAUGCUCGGCGAUAGGUACCAAUAGUGUGAAGAUCGUCUCUCAUAGUUCACAAAGAUGGAUUCCUCACAUGGCACACUAUCAGGUCACAACGCCCAAUCCCGGCUCUCGUGCGCACCGUUGCUACGAGCUCGUUCACAUCCUCGAUACACAACAUUCCUGUCACCGGUCUUAUCGGCGAAUCUUUCUGUGUUACUCGCUUCACAGAGCUCUCUAUGGCAUUUGAUAACCUCUGGUAUGCCAUACAUCAAUUUUACGUUAUCGAGGGGUCCCAAUCAGUAAUCUCGUUUGCCAAACAAUCCGACCUCGCUUACAGCUUCCACGUGUCCUCCGUAUAGACACCUGCGUUCAUGCUCAACCGUUUUCGCCAAGACCGAAAGGGCGCAUGGAUCCAUUUUUGUAUCUCA